CCGGCUUUCCCGCCCGCUUGGUGCUCACCGAAUUUUUCGAUUCCUAUUUUCCCCUCCUCGUGUUUGUCUUCCACCGACUCUUAUCCUGGUUCCCUCUCGGACCUCCUGAUUUCUGAAAGGGCUUGUCGGCAUUUUCUGACGCAGCAGAAGUCAUGGCGGCGGAGUCCGAGAGGUCACCUCAUCCCAACGGGACCGCUGGCGGAUCUAGAGUGGCCCAAACCGAUGAGGCUGCCUCGUCCGUUGCAGCGCCUCGCCGAUCUGUCAGUGAAAGCUACAUGAUGGAAGUGCCACGUUCGACCUUUAGAUCCCCAAUCCAGGGGCCUGCCGUGUCACAGCUGCCUAAGUUCUCGCAUGUCGUUCCUGGCAUCGCCGUCCCAACGCCCACCGCUCCCUCAGUUAUAUCCUCCCGUGAAACCUCCCCGGUCCGAUCCACUCGUCGUCCGCGCAAUUCACCAUCGACUCCUCGGAUCGCUUCUCGAUCACGCAAAGGCAGCGUUGACCGGAGUCCGAAUAGAUCCGCUUCCACAACGACCGCAGGGUCGGGCACGCUACCCUCGGCCACGGCCAUUCAACGAGCAUUAUCCAAGAACCUUAAACCUCCCAUCCUCAGUCCAACUCCCAAUGCCGAUUCGUCCUCCGAUGCGCCUAGCCCCGAUAAGUCUAAUAUGCCAUUGUGGGCCACUUCGCGACGGUCGGAGCCGGAGCCUACCCAACCGAAUACCUCGAUCAAGCGCUCGACGCCCGGGCCGGACGAUCAUGCGACGAAGACCGACCGGAGUGCCCCUCGGGCGGUCAAUCGGGGAAAUCACACACCAGGGUCGGCCCUCGAGACCGUGCAGGAGAUGGCCAGUGAUCAGUCCACACCCUCAACCGAGACUAUCCUUGGUCUGCCAUUACGGGAAGACCCACAGCUGCAAAAGAUCGAUGAAGACGCGACGCCCAAGGCCCCUCGACUGCAGCAGAAUGAGAGUGGCAGCGAUAGUGGUGGGAACAAGAGCUCGGAGCAAGUGGACGGUUUUCGCCGUCAUGCACCCUCGGGUUCCCGGGGUUCCAAUAACACCAUAAUCCCGAAACCAUCCACUACCUCUCUGAGUGGAGGUCCGCGCGCAAAGCCGACCGAUGGUUCCGUGCGUAACAUGAUAGUUGAGACCGAAACCGUCAGUUCUAUCCCGCAGGUAUCUCUCGGCGUGGUUCCCGGGGAUCGAGGCAACACGGGUCGGGUGGAUUCAGGUACACUUCGAAUGAAACCCAGUACCGAGACCAUCCGCCCCAAGAAGGAGAAGAAGCGGACCCGGAAGCCGGCCACACUGACGACCAGCACGGCCUCGUCCAAGGCAGACAUCUUCGAGGCGAAAGUGGCCAGUGCGGUGGACGAGGCCGAUGUGUCGGAUUCCGACGAAACAUUCGUGUACGAGUCGAAUCCCCCGGAUCCCUAUCCGGUUCGUCAAAACCGGUACCAUUCCCGAACCCCGAGUGCAACAUCCAUGGCUAGUCAGGUUGACCAACUGGCUGGCCGGAGUCGCGCGGGGAUUCGAGAUGGGAACCACAGCGUCACGGGCAAGCGAAGCAUGAAGUUUACCAAUAAUACCUUCACUAGCAAUCCUGAUGACUUCGGAGAUGAGACAAUACGCAGCCACCCCCGAACCGAUGGCAGCGGAACGCACACUCCUCGAGCUCCAUUUCAUAUCGGGCGUCAUGGGCGUAACGGUAACGUCUAUCCGUCCUUAUUCGAUAGCGAUUCGCCUUUUCCUCAGUCUCAAAGCAAUGCCAGAUCUCCCCGCCAUUUUGUGGGUAACGCCUACCGACAGUCUCGACACCUUGGGUCACGCGCAAAUCCGAACUAUCGCACGAUCAGUGGUAGCAAGAAACCACACGAUCUCUAUGGCUACGAUUUCGAUGCCGAAGGAGCAGAUGAUGAGCGUACCCCUCUCGUUGGGUCACCCCGAGUAACACGAAGCCGACAGAGCGGUGGACGGCGCCCAAAUAGCGCCAGUCUGCGCCAAAUGGAAUACAUGCAGCAGCGCCAUCGUGGGUUCUUCUCCCGGUACGGCGCAUGUCUGUUAAUCACCCUUUUGCUCUUGUUAGCUGUCGGAGGAGUCGUCUCGUUCGUGGUGGCGACCACCAAGUCCCUCGUCGAUGUUCAAGUGCUUGACAUCCAGAAUGUCCUAGCGUCCGAGCAGGAGAUCAUGCUGGACUUGAACGUGCAAGCCAUCAACCCGAAUCUGUUCCCAGUAUCGAUCGACGAUAUGGAUAUGAACAUCUUUGCUAAGAGCCGGUUUGUGGGGACGGACAAAUUCUGGCGCGACGGUGAGCUCGACUUAAGCCGAAUACCUCGAGUGGAGCACCGCAGGAAACGAGCCGAAAGGUCUCGACUCGCUCGCUGUGCCGGCACAGCAGGCUGUCAGCCGAAUGAGACGGAGUUAAGUGGCAUGGUGCUUCCUCGUGGCGGUGUGGACAAGGGCACCGAUCCCAUGCCCACCGAUCCCGCAGGCGAUCCCCAAACGAUGUUGCUCGGUCGCGUUUUCCAUUUCGACUCGCCACUGUUGUUGGAACCGUCGCCAUGGAACUAUGAGCCGUCGACUUCGAAAGGACAGAUCCGUCUUGCUCGGCCCGGCAACAAGACAGAAGAGGGCGGCACGGAACGGUGGGAACGAGUGCUUCAACAUCCAUUUGAACUGAUCGUCCGUGGUGUGGUUAAAUAUCAGCUUCCUUUGAGCUCGCGCUAUUAUUCGGCGUCGGUGAGCUCUAGUAUCAAGGUGAUACCAGAUGACGGAGAUGACGAUGAUGGUGGAAGCGGGAGCCCCGGAAAGAACGGCACGGUCACAAUCUCAGCCCGGAGAACUUUCCAACGGCGUUUCCGUACUGUUCGAGACCCCGAAAACCUGACCCUGAAUAUUGUCCGAAAGGCUUUUCGUAUGGUCAAGCGAGUCUUUGCAGCUUAGAUUCAGAUUGUUCGGGCUGAAUUCCCCUUUGCCUGGCGUUAUGUGGAGCUUGCGGUUCGAGCUUUUAGCGGCCUCUCGCACAUCUUCCUCCUUGUGCGACUCACGGCUCUUGUCACCCCCUGCAACAUAUGGCCGUAUCAAAUUUUGUUUAUCCUUCUACGCAGUUGGAUCUGUUUUCUCUCGACUUUUACCCACUGAUGUGUGACGAAUUGACAUAAUCUAUCACGAUGACUCGACAGCGAAGGCAUGGGCAACGGUGGCGGUCUUUCAAAAAGACGUUCAUAUCAUAUCUGCAUCAGCACGGCGCUUCUAUA